ACCUAGAGAGAGAGAGAGAGAGGAGAGAAGGAGGCUCCUUAAAAAGACCGUUUCGCUAACGCGUUACGAUAGAGGCACGCGUUUCUUUGCGCUCUGUUUGGUACAAACGGAAACUAGUUUUAAGGAAUUCAAUACAAGGCCCAAACCGAGAAAAAGCAGAAAGAUAAAAAGUUAAAAAAUAGAGAGAAGAAGAAGAAGGAGAGAAGCGUAUCUGGAAUUUUCUUCAGAUCGUUGGUGUGUCGUGUGCGCGUGGAGAUUCGUUAACCUAAUAAUCUUUCUCCUCAACGGUUGCUAGAAAAAUGGCGGAAGAACACCGAUGCCAGGCACCACGCUUGUGCGUCAACAAUUGCGGUUUCUUUGGCAGCCCUGCCACGCAGAAUCUGUGCUCGAAGUGUUACCGCGAUUUGCAGCUCAAUGAGCAGCAAUCUUCUAACGCGAAGAUGGUUCUGAAUCAGUCUCUUGUUCUUCCGGCGCCUCCGGCGCCGGUUUCUGAACCGUCUUCUUCGAAGUCGGCGGAUCCGGCUUCUGCUGUGGUUGAGGAAGUGCCACGCGCGACGGAAGAGGCUAAGGCGCCGCUGCAGAACCGCUGUAUGACGUGCAGGCGGCGCGUGGGGUUGACGGGGUUCAAGUGCCGGUGCGGGAUGAUGCUUUGCGGGACGCACCGUUACCCUGAGCAGCACGCGUGCGAGUUCGACUUCAAGGGGAUGGGGAGGGACCAGAUCGCGAAGGCGAAUCCGGUGGUGAAGGGCGAGAAGCUCGAGAAGAUCUGAAAUGGAAACGAACGACGAAGGGUGUUAUGGUAAUUUCGUGUUUAUCAAGUUGGUGGUUGCCGAUGUGGAAUUCGGGUCGGAUGAUUGACCCGUGACGUGGGUGUCACGAACGGGCGCCCGUAUUAUUCGGUGGGUGAGUGGGUGGGUGGGUCAUUGCUAUGUGGUUGCGUUGUCAUUGUAAAUUAAAUUUAAAAACAUUUCAAUUUCAUUCACCUGGUUUGAAAGCGGUUUCUAAUUCUUUUUAUUUAUCCUCCUAAAUCAAUUAAUUUUAAUCCCUUACAUCAAUAAUUGAAUUAAAAAUAAUAAUUCUUUUGCAAACCCGUGGGCCGGUAGCUUUUCCUUCACGUUAGAAAAGUUGUAAGCGGUUCAAUGUUAGGUGGGGUUCACCAAAAUUAUAUUUUCAUUAGUCAAGUUUAUCGUAAGCAAUAAAUGCCCAUUUUUGAACAUUUUCGAAGCCCUUUAUAUCCUCCAAAUCGCAUCAAUUUGUAUA